CCGAGAACGACGAGGAAGAGCAGAGGAAGCGAGUGCGAAAGGGGAGAGCGAGAGAGAGGGACAGCGGACAGGCCGAAGCCAGGAAUUCCGACGACCGCGACUCCAUCAGGGAGCUCCAGAAGUGGCAACGCAUUUUAUCACUUUCCCGGCAGCGAGUACGGCACCGUUGGUUUCAGAAAUCAUAAUGGAAUUAUUAUAGCGGCAGACGUCCUAGGAUCUUACGGAUCGCUCGCUCGUUACAGAAAUCUGGAACGUCUUAUGAAAGUUAAUGAUAACAUCAUCCUUGGUGCGUCCGGAGAUUAUGCAGAUUUUCAGUGCAUCAAGAGCUAUGUGAAAAGAAAGAUUCUUGAGAAGCAAUGCUUGGAUGAUGGAUUUAGUUUAAAGCCAAAGGCAUUGCAUUGCUGGCUAACGCGUGUCAUGUAUAACAGACGAUCAAAUUUCGAUCCGUUUUUGAACAAUUUUAUUAUUGCUGGUUUGGAAAAUGGAGAACCAUUUUUAAGAACUGUGGAUAAGCUUGGGACAGCUUACAACGAUCCAGUUAUUGCGACUGGAUAUGGUGCUUACAUGUCAACGCCUAUAUUGAGAAAAGCUUACGAGGAUAAUAACCAAAUGAAUAAGGAGGAAGCUAUCGAACUUCUGUACAAAGUAAUGCAAGUUCUUUUCUACAGAGACGCAAGAUCUUUCCCAAAGUAUCAUCUUGGCAUUGUUACAAAAGAAAAAGGAGUCGAAAUACAAGGACCUCUAACUUUAGACAGUUUUUGGGGACUUGCUGCUUUGUAAAAAAUUAUGUUUUCU